GACCCCUUUCAAUAAAUAUUUGGUAAUGAAGAUUCACAUCAGAAGUUAGGAGCUUUCAUACUAGAACAGUGCUCUUCAUAAUUUCAUGGCAUUUUCCGGCGCAUCUCUACAGAUCUGACCUUUCACGGUUCACUGACACCGCUAAUUGCCUGGGUUCCCUAAUCAGGGUUUAGGGUUUAAGGGAUUGAGGAUUGGCCAGAAGACCCAGAAUCUCAAUCACCCCAAAGCGCAACGCAAGUUUUCAACUUGUUCCAAGACAAGUAAAUUUUGUUUAUUUCAUAAGGAUGGUUAGCAAUUGUCCUCGGGAAAUAGAGGAUCAUGGAAUACAGGAUGUUCAAAAGUCGUCGUCCUCUUCAGAGGGGAUAGUUUAGCUUUCCUCUUUUGCGAUUUCUGUACUUAGCUGAAGAAAGCCCAGACAAUAGAGAAACAUGCCACAUAGAACUCGACCGAUGACUGCACUUUUGGUGUUUACUGGACUGAAUGCUAUCCUAGUUUCAACCAUUACUCCUGUCUAUGAUUUCGCCUGCUUUCUUCCUUUUUGGGAAAGACGGGCAUUUGAACAGAAUAUUUAAUGGUUGAUUUCUUUCCAAUUGUUGGGUUGACGAUGUACGCGCUAUCUUAUUGGAGAAGUCUUGCUUCCCUGGAUCACAAGAACUUGCUGACUGAUUGGAAAUUUCCGUUGUGUUGGUGUUUGCGUCAAGUGCCGUCAAUACUGUUAUAAUCUAAAUAAAAUCAUUCAAGUCUGUUGCGACUCGCUGUAAAUUGAUGCAAGUAUUUUCUCAGUGGGGUUUCAGAAGUAUCGUUUAUUAUUCAGGUUGUCAUUAAAUUUCAAAUGCCUGACUUUAUUUGCCCCGAUACAAAUGUGUGAAUGAGAUAUGCAAAGAAGCCUUGUGGAUACAGUGAAGCUUAGUCUACAGAAUUAUGUUAGUCUGCGUUUUGCACGACCGAAGACCAACUCAAGACACUAGAGAAGUUCUUGGUUCUUGCAGUGUAGCUUGCCACGCCAAGGAUGAUCAUCACUGUGAGCCUUCUUCCUGCGGCGACAUCCACAACAUAAGUUUCCCUUUCCGACUCAAUGAUGAUCCAAAGAAGUGCGGUGACCAAAGGUAUUCCCUGUCUUGUGAGAACAAUGUCACUGUAUUACACUGGUAUUCAGGAAAAUACUAUGUGCUUGCCAUCAAUUAUGGAAAUUACUCAAUCCGAGUUGUGGAUGCCAAUGUUCGUAAGGGUAACUGCUCUUCAAUCCCUCGUAAUUCGUUGGCCAGCUAUAACUUCAGUUAUUAUGAUGAUCCAUAUAGCACUUCUCAAUAUAGAAAAUAUCAGAACAGGACGCGUGAGGUUAUUCAACUGUCGAAGCCCAUAAUCUUCAUGACCUGUGAAACUCGGCCGGUGAAUUCAUCUCUCUAUGUGGAAACUGCUCCUUGCGUUAAUGCAACUAGUGGGCAUUCUUUUGUUAUCACUCAAACCUUAAAUGCCUCGGAUUUGUGGGAUUCAUGUCGCAUACAGCUGAUGGUCUUGAUAUCAUCGUCGAUUGGGACAAAGGACAAGAACAGUUCCUACAUAGACAUCCACAACGAGCUGCUCUAUGGUUUUGAACUUUCAUGGGUGCAGAGCUACGGCCGAUCAGGUGAUUAUUGCUCUAUCGAGGGUGAUACCAACGAAGUUUAUUGUUCUGGCUUGUUCUAUACUAUUCUAGAAGGUGACAAAUAUAUUGUUGUCUUUUAUGACGGACCCUUGUUCAAUACUAUUCUAGGAGUGUCAGCUCGUUGCAUUCUAGCUGCAGUGGUUUUGUGGACUCCAACAAAAGUUAUAUUCGGAAUUCCAUGUGUGGUCGUCCUUUUAAUCUUGAAGUUGAAAAGACGACAUUUAUCAAUGUAUAACGUUAUCGAAGAAUUCUUACAAAGUCACAACAACCUCAUGCCUAUACGGUACUCCUACUCCAACAUCAAGAAGAUGACCAAAGGAUUUAAGGAUAAAUUGGGGGAAGGAGGUUAUGGCUCUGUGUAUAAAGGAAAGCUUCAGAGCGGUCACCUUGUUGCUGUUAAGAUGUUGGGAAAUUCCAAAGCUAAUGGGCAAGAUUUUAUGAAUGAAGUUGCUACCAUUGGAAGAAUUCAUCAUGUAAAUGUGGUGCGACUAAUUGGCUAUUGUGCUGAGGGAUCAAAGCGCGCUCUUAUAUAUGAGUACAUGUCAAAAGGGUCUCUUGAUAAACACAUAUUUCCCAAGGAAGGACUCAUCUCCUUAAGUUGCAAGGAAGCAUUUGAAAUUUCCCUAGGAGUGGCUCGUGGUAUUGAUUAUCUGCAUCAAGGAUGUGAUAUGAAAAUUUUGCAUUUCGAUAUCAAGCCACACAACAUUCUUCUUGAUGAGAAGUUUGUUCCGAAGAUUUCAGACUUUGGUCUUGCAAGAUUAUGCCCAUUAGAUGACAGCAGUUUAACUUUGACCGCAGCAAGAGGAACCAUUGGAUACAUAGCUCCGGAAUUGUUUUACAAGAAUAUUGGAGGUGUGUCGAACAAAGCUGAUAUCUAUAGUUUUGGAAUGUUGUUGAUGGAAAUUGCUGGGAAAAGGAGGAAUUUAAAUGCACUUGCAGCAAAUACGAGCCAAAUUUACUUUCCUUCUUGGGUGUAUGAGCAGUUCAGUAAAGAAAAGGAGAUGGAAAUCGAAGAUGCCACUGAUGAGGAAAAGAAACUAACAAAGAAAAUGCUCAUGGUAGCAUUGUGGUGUAUACAAAUGAAGCCUAGUGACCGUCCUAAUUCAAUGAACAAAGUAGUAAAGAUGCUUGAAGGAGAAGUUGAAUACAUUCAAAUGCCUCCAAAACCUUUCCUAUAUCCACAAGACAUGCCAGUAGUGGAUGAUGAAGAUGAUUCGGAAAGAACUUUGUCAUCAUCACUGCCAUUGAAAAAUGAAGCUCAAGAGUCAAUUAGUUUGAUUCAAAAUCCAAAUUAAAGGAAGUGAUGUACUAGUUAAUAUUUAUAUUCACAAUGGAGCAGGCAUUUCCUAUCAUGCAGUAAUUAAUAAGUGUUCUUCCAUGCUCCGCAUAUACACUUCUUGUACUACUUUAUUAAUUCUAUGGUCUCUAUUCUUUUUUUUUUUUU